ACAGAUUUGAGUAAACCAAAGCAGCAGGAGAUAGCCGUGUGAAUGGAGAGGCAGUAUUGCGUGGGGUUGUGUGCUUUAACUCUGCUAUAAAUGCAUUUCCUUCUUUUUUUUUUCCAACCCCCUUGAAGCCGUCUGCCGAGGAGUCACAUGGUAUACGUCACUUGUUUUACCCUAAUGGGCCAUCCUGCCAUGCAAGACCACAAAAGGAUACUUCAGGAGCAAGAGAAGAACAUCCACAGCUCAUAAUCUUCGUCACGUGCUUACAACUGACUCCACCAGCGGCCUUUGGCAACAAAAGCAAGAAAAAAAGUGAGGCUUACUUCCUUGAUCUCAACCAGACGACCACCUCCUUUUCGUCUCAGCUCAGCUGACAUUGUAAAUACUAGUUUGGAGCUUUAUCGCUCAACUAUGCAGUAGGAAUUAAGAGUUUCAAGACCGACAACUAUGACUCUUCUAACCGAGGACCAGCCUUGCAGGUUCUCUGCACCGGACAGCCCACUCGCAUCCAUGGAGCACUACCCGGUGGACUCGGGGCCGAAAGAGGACUAUUUGGACUGCAUGGAACCAGCUGUGUUUGGAGCGGUGGAGCCUCCGAAGCACUCCAGAGGAAGGCUUAUCAUGCACGGCAUGGUCAUGUUUGGAAGGGAAUUCUGCUAUGCUGUUGAGGCAGCGUUUGUCACACCGGUGUUGCUGAGCGUUGGACUCCCCAAACACCUGUACAGCCUGGUGUGGCUCAUCAGCCCUGUUUUGGGUUUUGUCCUACAGCCUGUCAUCGGCUCGGCAAGCGACUACUGUAGGUCCCCAUGGGGCCGAAGGCGACCGUACAUACUCUUGCUCGGGAUUAUGAUGUUAGUUGGCCUGACUUUAUUUUUAAAUGGAGAUGCGGUCACAUCAGCUAUACUACAGGACAGAAAUGUUAAAAGGACAUGGGCGAUCGUAGUGGUCAUGUUUGGAGUGGUGUUGUUUGACUUUGCGGCGGACUUCAUUGACGGACCCAUUAAAGCCUAUUUGUUUGACGUGUGUUCUCAUCGGGAUAAGGAGAGAGGGCUUCAUUAUCAUGCCUUACUCACAGGUCUAGGUGGAGCCUGUGGAUACCUGAUUGGAGCCAUGGACUGGGGUCACUCUGCACUUGGUGUCGUACUGGGUUCAGAAUACCAAGUUAUCUAUUUUUUCUCGUCAUUGACCUGGGGCAUUUUUCUUACCAUGCACCUUUUCAGCAUCCCAGAGAAACCACUGAUGAAAGAUCACAGUUCAGACUCUUGUACAGCCGCCUCGCUGCUCCUGGAAGACCCACAUCAUAACGGCUACGGCGCGGUACACAAAGAAUCACCACCUCUGCCUGAAAUGAGGCAGCGCUCGUUUUCUGCCCUGAGUGAAGCCAAUACAGUCACGCCCAGUGCCAAGCAGCCUAACAGCGAGGUACAGAAGAGAAUGACCCUGAAAUCUCUACUGUCAGCUAUGAUUAGCAUGCCCAGCCAUUACCGCUGUCUGUGUGUGAGUCAUCUGUUAGGCUGGACGGCCUUCCUGUGCAACAUGCUCUUCUUCACUGACUUCAUGGGGCAGAUUGUAUAUAAGGGGAACCCCUAUGCUGAACACAAUUCCACCUCAUAUGCGACAUAUGAGAGAGGGGUUGAAGUGGGCUGCUGGGGCCUGUGCAUCAACGCCGUCUCCUCUGCGCUCUAUUCAUAUGUGCAGAGGCUUCUCCUGCCAUAUAUUGGCCUGAAGGGACUGUACUUCCUAGGCUACUUUAUGUUUGGUUUGGGAACCGGUCUGAUCAGCCUGUUUCCAAACAUCGUGGCCACGCUGACGUUGUGCAGUGUGUUUGGAGUCAUGUCCAGCACUCUCUACACCAUCCCAUUCAACCUCAUCUCGGAGUACCACAAGGCUGAAGAGGAGCAAAGGAAAUUGGGUAGUGAUGAACCAGCUCUGGAGAGCCGUGGCACUGGCAUGGACUGCGCAGCUCUUACCUGCAUGGUGCAGCUGGCUCAGGUCAUAGUGGGAGCUGGUCUUGGAGCCCUGGUCAAUCUAGCAGGCAGUGUGAUUGUCGUGGUUCUCUCUGCAUCAACAGUAUCCCUAAUUGGCUGCCUCUUUAUUACUCUCUUUAUGUGAUGUACUGA